AUGCCACCAAAGCGAGCAUGCGAUAUCUGCUAUCGUAGAAAGACUCAAUUGCUGACCUAUGUGCUUUGUUAUCCCAGAUCCAAUGUCUUAUCCCUGCAGAGGGCCCUCCGUGCGACUGGUGCAGCCAUCAUGAUUCCGAAUGCACUUUUCACCGCGAUGCGCCACGGAGGAAGAGGAAAGCCAAUAACGGCUCUUUCCCUUAGGGUAACGUUGGGCGACGUCCAAGGCCUCAACAAUCGCAUACAGCAGCUCGAAGAUGCGCUAGCCAAGGCGAACUCGCAGCAACCAACUCAGGCAGACACCCCUAAUCAAGGCCAACCAACUCCAGCGAUAUCCGCAUCUGAGGAGAUUUCAAACUCAGCAUCUGUCCAAAGUCCAAUUCAAGCAACUAUUCAGAACUCUAUUGCGUUUUCCGAUGAAUCACUCUCUCCACUGGUCUUCUCUCAGACCCCCACCAGUGUGGAUGAUACUUACACAACACCACCAGUAGAUGGGCCCGGCAGCUAUGUCGGUCCCAACUGGUUCUUCAGAGGCAUCCACGCAUUCUCCGAAGACGGGCGCAGAUGGAUUUCCUCCAAGACUGGUCAAACCAUCGAUUGGAGUAAACUUCAAAUAUUCACACCAAAGCCAUCGCCUUUCGCGAGGAGACAUGCGCAACUUUCGCCAGAUCUUUGUCAACUUCCGGAUCGAGCUUCUUUAAGAGAGCUUCUGUCGUCGUACUUCAUUUCAUCUUUCCGCUUAAGAUACCCACUCAUUGACAAAGUUCUCUUCGAAGAGACAAUCUACGAGGCUUACGGAGACCCCGACAAUAUUUCACCUCUACCAAUUCGCCUGGCUGCCCGGGCCUGCGUCUUCGGAGUCGUCAGUCUCAUGACGUUACUACCAGACGCUCAGCCUGGUUCCUUAGGGCUAGACGGCAAUGAGAGCGCAGCCAGAGCCAGCUAUCUUCUCAGUCAACUUGUCGGAUAUGCAAGCCUCACAACGUUGCAAACAGCCCUGUUACUAGUGAGUCGAUCCUAA